GUUUUUUGCAAUUCCGGUUAUUUAUUGACAUGUGCUGAAGCUGAUUGGUUUUUUUUUGGUGAGCUGCAUUUACUCACCCGAUUUCAGUUUAAGUACAGAGAGUUCCUAAGAGUUGAGGGAACAGUGUAGAUUGGAAGGUUUUUGGAAAUUUUCUGCACGUGUUGUAACUGGAAGGUCAAACUGUGCUGGUCGUGCUCGAGGUGCCAUAGACCUUCCUCUCUGUCUUCACAAAUAAACCGACAAACCUCCAGACAGUUAUCAAAGGUCUGAUUGAACGGGUGAUUGCUGUGUGUGGUGCCGCGGAAGGAUUUUGACAAUGUCACGGGUCGUGUUUCGAAGCCCUCUCCUGUCCCGUCUGACAGGGUGCAGCUUGUCGGCGCAGGUUGAACGAGUCUUUGCCCCCUUGGCGCGGCUGGUCUCCCAGUGCAGAUUCUUUAGCCUCAGCAUGUACACUAACGCUGAGCUCACGAUUCCUCCACCCCCGGCCCUCCUGCAACCACUAGUUGUCCCGAAGAAACUAUUGCUGGGACCCGGACCCUCGAACAUCUCCACCCGUGUCCAAGAGGCAGGGGGUAAGCAGGUGAUUGGACACAUGCAUGCUGAAAUGUUUGAGAUUAUGGACGAGAUAAAGGCUGGGAUACAGUAUGCCUUUCAAACCACAAGCAGCAUGACUCUGGCAAUCAGUGGCUCUGGCCACGCAGCGAUGGAGGCAGCCUUAGUUAAUGUGGUGGAACCAGGGGAUGUGGUGCUGAUUGGAAUUCAUGGUGUGUGGGGUGAAAGGGCAGCAGACAUCGCUGAAAGAAUCGGUGGUGAUGUCAGGAGAUUUGUAAAACCUCCAGGGGAAAUGUUCACCUUGCAAGAAAUCGAGCAGGCUUUGGUGCAGCACAAACCUAUUUUGUUUUUCGUCACGCAUGGUGAGUCCUCCUCGGGCGUAGUUCAAGAAAUGGAUGGGAUAGGACCUCUCUGUCAUAAGCAUAACUGUUUGCUAGUGGUUGAUUGUGUUGCCUCUCUUGGAGGGGCCCCUCUCUACAUGGAUAAGCAGGAUAUUGACAUCCUUUACUCGGGCUCCCAGAAAGUCCUCAACUGUCCUCCUGGAACUGCACCACUCUCAUUUAAUGACAAAGCCUGCCAGAAAAUAUUUAAUCGGAGGAAAAAGCCUACUUCGCUGUACCUCGAUAUGAGUUGGCUGUCAAACCUCUGGGGCUGUGAUGGAAGCCCAAGAAAAUACCAUCAUACGACCCCCAUCACGGGCCUUUUUGCAUUGAGAGAGGCACUUGCAAUUCUUGCAGAACAGAGUCUUGUAGAAAGCUGGAAGCUUCACCAGGAGAAUGCUGAGUACCUGCACAAAGGGAUAGAGGACUUGGGAUUAAAACUCUUUGUGAAGGACAAGGCUAUUAGACUGCCCACAGUUACGACAAUUGCAGUACCAGAAGGCUAUGAGUGGAAAGACAUCACUGAUUUCAUUAUGAAGAAAUAUCAGAUUGAAAUCACUGGGGGUCUGGGGCCUACUAUUGGAAAGGUUUUGCGGAUUGGAUUAAUGGGCAUCAACUGUACAAAAGCUAAUGUGGACCUUGUGCUUAAAGCUCUGAAGGAUGCCCUUGAGCAGUGCAAGAAAAGCAAGCACUGAGCCAAGGCUGGAGGCAUUGAAUGAUUCCAGGAUCUAACAACCAGCUGACUGGACAGGAAGCAAGUCCUUGAAUAACAAAACUUGAAUUACUUUGUCUUUACUGUAAUAAAUCAGAAUAUACUUACAACUGUACCAAAUGUUAGCAAUUAGAAAAUGAAACUUAAAAAGCUAGAUGUUUCUUUUACUUUGUGAUAUCUAUUACCAUAUAAUUGCAAAGGAUCUAUUUCAUAAUAUUGAGGAGCACCGUUAAAUUCAAUCUUAUCUGAAUCUGCGAUAAAAUAUUUUGGAAGCUGGUGUGUGUUUAAACAUUGUCCUAGACGCAGCCACCAAUCUUAAUUCUUGCAAUAUUAGCAAAGGACUUCAUUUUUCUGUUUAUCUUAGUUUUAGCAAAGUCCCCUGAUAGGUUUGGGUGUCAGAGCAUGAGGGUGAGAAAUGGAUUUGGGUAGUGGGUCAUAAUUAUCUAUUUUCAUUACUGCACAAUGACAUAAAUCAAGUAAUAAACAAAUUAAAAUGUCAAAAUCUCACCCUUCCAAUCAGUUUAGUGAAGUCACUGCAGUUAUGUGACUGAAAUGAGAAGGGGGCUUUAUUGUCGAGACUGCUUUUUGGAUACUCUGAAAAAUUGAGGUAUUACAGAGAUGGGAGACCUCAAUAUAUGAACUAUAACAAGCGUGUUGCAUGGAUUUAAUACAUUACAGUGUAAAAUUCAAUGGAUCAUAUUCAGAUAUCUAAUGAAUAAACAAAUUUGUGCUAUUUUCUUGAAUUAAUUUUUGAAUUGCUAUGUAAAACUUCAUUGUCAGCUCAUUAAACAAGCCAUCAAUUACA